CAAAAGUAUUCAUGAAGGUAAUUUUACUGAAAUAUAACGACAUAUAAUGAAUUUUCGGAGAAGAUAAAAAUAAUGGAUUUCAGGAAGUACGUAAGUGCAGCUACAACUGGAAUCAUUGGAAAUGGUUGUUGAACUAGGAGUCCCCUCCACUGUUUCUAUUUGUAGUUCAAUUAGGCAAAGUAACAAUGGCUAUUAAGCUAUAGACAAUGCUAGCUAUGAUUCUUUUAUCUUGCAUAUAUAUGGUCAGUUAGACAAGGUCUAAUAUAAAUUUAACUGUUAGCUCAAGCCAUAAAAGAUGCUUUUCAAUUGACCAAACUCAACAGCUUUUCAGAAAUCUUCUGUGAUAUACACAAGAUGGAAGGUAAAGAAAUGGAUGUUUUUACUGCAUGGGGAAUGGUCAUUAUGCCUGUUGGUUGAUUGAAACAAUUUCUUCUGGCAAAUCAGGAUAUGAAGGGUUGUUCAAAUCCCACCAUGGAGCCACUGUGAACCCUUCAAUUUGUUAUUAUGGAUGGAAGUAAAUGAAAAGAUUUUUGUAGUAUGGGAGCAGAAGAUAGAGAAAAGUGGAUCAUUCAUAAGCUAAAGGAGCAGAAGAAAGAGGAAACUGAUUAUGUAAUGAUGAAUGAAUGGUUUUCUAUUCAGUACACAUACACAGGUAAACUUCUGUCAUCCAUCUCAUAAAGCUAAAUCAGCUCUACGAAAGUGAGGACAAAAGUCAUCUACAUGUUGCAAUUACUCCUAUCCUUCCUAAUUUCUAUUCAAAAUUGUCAUUGAACAACUCUCUUCUUAUGAUCUGCUCAAGCAAGAGGCGACAUGAGUAAAUGUCUCUUCACUGCAGGGGAUUGUCAAGCCACCCAUUGGAUGAUCAAAGCCAAACUCCUCUUCAGCCAUGCUCAGCAAAUCUUGAAAUGAAGGCUGACUUAAGUAGGACACAGGAACUACAAAUCGCUUCUUCUGGGACUCUGCACCAACAUACACCGCUAGGAAUCCUUUAGGCACAUCUUGAAACCUUGAAGUUGAUUUGUUUGAGCCUGAUCCGGAUCGUCGAAGAAUUUGCUUAGCAAGAUUACCAGGUAAGCCGAUAGCCAUAAUCUCGUGUAAAACAAAAAUGAGAAAUGUAGGGAAAGAUUUUUUAGAUGAAAACUUUAAUACUUGCUUUGGUGGUUUUGAAGCAAGGUCAUGAGGACCUAUAUAUAGAUAGGAUUUAGGAGGGUUCUUCCUACUCCAUAAUUUGGAGCUUGACCACUUAGAGAUGAGACACAGUUUUGAUGAGGCAGCACAUGGUCCUGUUAGCAAAUUGUGGAUACCUAGAGGGUAGAGGAGGGUACAUGCCCUACAGCUUUUAAUGUAAAUGGCAGCACCACCAGCCUUCACAAGGUUCUGUCGGGAAAAAUUUCUUCCUUUUUUCUCAUUUCCGGUGAGUCCUUGUUGUCCUUAUAGACUUGGCUGUCCUUUUAGUUUGUGGAGUUCAUCAAGCUCUUUAUCUCUCAUAGCUUCGGUCUCAUAAGGACAAAGGCACAUGAUUUCCAGUGAGCGGCGAGGGCAUCAUUUUUCUUGAUGUCUUAAAUCUUGAGGGGUUGCCUUGGCAAAUGAUUUGUCCUCUGUAAUUUGGUGGGACACUAUCUUCUGUCAGUAUACAUGCAUUAUAAAUAACUAUAAACCACUCCAAGUCCUAGAUUGAUAGUUGAAUUAGAAGAGCCAUGUGAUCUUCUUGAAGCAGCCAAUAUUCACCUUUCAUCCUUAAGCUCCAGAUUUUGUACUGUUCUCCUAACCUAUACAAUACAUGCAGGAACCUUUGCAACGGGAAUCAAGGAUAAGUGGAUUUUCUUCUUACUGCGGCACCCAAAAUUUCUGCCAUGUCCAAAUCUUCAUGCUUCAAUCUGGCAUGUAUCUUCCAUUCGAAAUGGUAGAGAAAAUGACGGAGCAUAAGUUUCACAAUAGCCACCACCAAUGACAGUCCAGGACUCUCCUUCCAGCAUUGAGUGGGUUGAACUUGAAAUCAGUCCCUUUGUAGUAGACUGAAGACACCUUUCAGGGUAGAAUUUCUCCGUGUUCUUUCCUGUGACGAGGAUCCCUUCCGAUAGUCGAAGCAUUGAUGGUGGUUCUAGCUUUCUCUGGAAUAUCAUAGUAAUCAAUUUGAAGCCUCACUGUGCCUUCUCUUGGAAGGAGUAAAGGAAAUGGUGGGUGCAUUCUCAGGCUUUCUUCGAUAACUGAGUCCAGGUACUUCAAUUCGUGAAGUCCAUCUUCAUUAACAUCACCUUGACUACGGAACAAGUGUUGCACUUCUUCUUGUGCUUUCUGCAUAACUCUUGGGUUUUUCAUCUGACAUGGUCCAUUUCAUCGUUGCUAAUGUCUCAGUACCAGCAAGAAACAUUUCAUAGGAGAAAAAAAUUGAAGUAAGAAUAACGAUAACAAUAACAAACAACAUCAUCAUAAAAAUAAUGGAACAUGAAUUACAGGAUAUGAAAAAUCUGAUAGCGGACUGUCUGAAUUGGUAUAGUGCUUACUACUUAGUUCCUUUAUGUAAUGUGCUUUUCUUGGCCAUCAUGCAUGAUCUCUUAUAAUUAAAGCAGUGAUAGUGAUAUCGUGCUGGAUUAGCCACUUUUACUGCUCGAACCCUGUAUUGGUAACCAAUUCGUUAUGGCUUUGUCACAUUUUGAUCACUGUUUUUGCAUGAUUUUGUCAUAAUACAUGUAUUAGACAUGUAAAAAUACAAGCAGGGAAUGGUCAGUUUGCCUGUUGGUUGAUUUAAAAUAAAAAUUUCUUGUGCAUGAUAUGAAGAGUUGUUCAAACACCACGGCGGAGCAACAAACCCUCAUUUUGUUAUUGUGGACUGAAACAAAUGGAAUUUUGGAGUCUGGGAGCAGAAGCAAGAGGAUAGUGGAUCGUAUGAUGUGAAAUCAGGAAUUUCCAUUUCGAUAUAUACAGGUAACAUUUAGUCAUUCAUCUUAUAAAUCUUUGUCAGGUUUCAAGACAGUAUAAAGCCAUCUACAUGGAACAAGAACUCUACUUCUGAAUUACUUUACAAAAUUAUGUUUAGAUCCUAUAUUCUUAUGAUCUGCACAAGCUAGAGGUGACACCAGUAAACGUCUCUUCGCUGCAGGGAAUUGUCAAGCCACCCAUCGGAUGAUCAAAGCCGAAUUCCUCUUCAGCCAUGCUUAACAAAUCCUGAAAUGAAGGCUGACUUAAGUAGGACACUGGAACUACAAAUCUCUUCCUCUGGCUUUCCCCAACAUACACUGCUAGGAAACCUUUUGGCACGUCCGGGAAUCUUGAAGUUGAUUUGUUUGAGCCAGAUCCUGACCGACGAAGAAUCUGCUUAGCAAGAUUUCCAGGUAAGCCAAUAGCCAUGAUGAUUGUUUGUUGAACGAAGGUGGUGUUAGGAAUCUGAAGAGAAGAGAAAGAUUUCAGUUUCAGAUGAGUCUUUGAACUCUUGUUUUGUGAUAGUUCUGAAGCAAGUUCACAAGGACCCUUAUAUAGAUAGUGGUGUUCUUCCUUCCCAAUCUGGUUCCUGGGCCUAAAAACCCAGUUGAGACAUAGUUCGUGAGGCAUCACAUGGCAUUGUCUUCUAAUGGUGGAACAAAUUGUAAGGACAGAGAAGAGGGUACGUGCCCUACAAGUAUGAUGAAUAUGCUAAUGGAUCACCACAUAUACAUUGGGACAGGGCAUUCACAUAUUAAUUAUGAAGUUAUAGUAAAGCUAGUUGUCCAUUUCUGUUGCAGACAUGUUUCAGACAAGUUUUGAUAGAUUGAUGUCUGUAUCUAACAACCCAGAGGGAAGAUGAAGUUAAGACGUGUGGUGGUUGCCGCAUCGAUUUUGGUAGAAGGGGAAUUUCUCUUCAAUCUGGCCGAAGGGGUACGGGUAAGGUAAUCUAGAACCUGAUCACUGCAUUUUAGGAUCUAUGGGAGUAAAACCCAUGUAAAACCUAAAUACACAAAUUUCAUAUGAUGUUUCCCUUUUCAUCUUGUAAAACCUAUGUGUAUGAGUAUCUAAUAUAAAGUUUCCAGGUCAUUUUUUUCAACAACACAUAAGUAAUAUCAUUAAAAUGAAAAAAAUGGAAGCAAGUUCCUUUCUGUGACAAUGUGAUGAGUUAUGGGAGUUAGUACCGGAUUUGUCUUGUACAAGUAAACCCUGCUUUAUAGCAUUUUUUAUUCGUUAGUUCUCUUCUUCCCUUUGAUUGCAUCAUGAAUAUGCCCAAGCCUGUGGCAAUGGCUACAUCUCUAUACCAUUCAGAAAUAAGCAAAACUAUUCAUGAUAACAAUAGGUAAAAUAAUAAUUGGUAGCUAUUGUACAUUCGUAAAAUUACCGGAAUAAAAUUUGAAUUUGGAGUUUAUGGCAAGAUAAAUUUUAUAGAUUUGUGGAAGUACAUAAGUGUGGUUUGCCUAUAUGGAAUAGAUUGGAGUCCGCUCUUGAACUCGGCAGUUUUGUCCACUGUUUCUGUGUAGUCGUUUAGGAGAUGUAACAACUAACAAUGAUUGUGUGGAGAGGUUUUUGAUUCAUGGAACUGUUAUAAAGGUUGUGAAGUUCAGUUCGGAUGCUAGCUAUCUUUGAUAAUUAUUUUCCUUGCGCAUAUAUGUUGACUAUUAGACAAUGCUGGGAUUCUUUUUAAUUACGAGAGAAGAAAGAGGAAACUGAUCAUAUGAUGUGAAAAUCAAAGCUUCUCUAUUUAACAUAUACACAGGUAAAAAAUCAGCCAUUCGUCUCAUAAUGCUUUAUCAGCUUUAAAGAGAGUAGAGAUAUCAUCUACAUGGAGCAAUUACUCCCUGCACUUCUAAAUUCCUAUACAAAAUUGUCCUUAUUUCCUCUCUUAUGAUCUGCUCAAGCUGGAGGUAACGUAAGUAAAUGUAUCUUCACUGCAGGGGAUUGUCAAGCCACCCAUUGGAUGAUCAAAACCGAAUUCCUCUUCAGCCAUGCUCAACAAAUCCUGAAACAUAGGCUGGCUCAAGUAGGAUACUGGAACUAUAAACCGCUUCUUCUGUGUCUCCCCAACAUACACUGCUAGGAAACCUUUAGGCACAUCUGGAAACCUUGAAGUCACUUUGUUUGAACCAGAUCCUGACCGACGAAGAAUUUGCUUAGCAAGAUUUCCUGGUAAGCCAAUGGCCAUGAUGUUAUUCUUUUAACUAAAUUUGGUGUUGAAUUGAAAGGAUUUUUUAAGAUAAGAAACUGAGAACUUGUUUUUCUGUUGGUUCCGAAGUUUGUUCAUGAUGAUCUAUAUAUAGAUAGAGGGGUUCUUGCUUAUCCUCCGCAGUUUGGAGAGUAGGCCUGAAACCCAGUUGGGCAAUAGCUCAUGAGUCGUCACAUGGCCUUGUCUUCCUGUGGGAACAAUUUUUAGGGCCUGAGAUGGUGCGUACCCUACAAGUUUGAGGGGUAGGCUACUGGAUGAUCACUCAUCCUUAAUAAUAGGAUUUACAUAUAAGAAAAUGAAGGUUGAGCUGUCACAUGAGCCUGUCUUCCAAUCAGAUCACAAGUUGUAGGGACUGAAUGCAUGUCCUUCAGUUUGAUGGAUAGGCCGGUGAACGAUCAGAAUAGAACACUUGAUAUAGGACUUUCAUAUUAUUAAUAAUGAAGUUGUUAUGGUUCAUCUAGUUGUCCAUAACUGUAAGCGACAAGGUUAGAUGCAUGUAAUGAAGUUUUGUUUUGAAGUGAUUUCAGUUCUUAGAAGGCGGAUGGAACAUGAGGCAAGACCUGGCGGUUGUGGCAUCCAGCGUAGCAGAGAAGGAGUGGCUAAAGGUGAAAACAUAUUACAUUAACAUCUCCGUGUAGAAUUCAUUCCGAGUUUCAAGUUAAUGGUAGUAUUUAUGCGAGUGGGUCACCAAGAAAGUGUGCUAUCACCAAAUCUUGAAAGAAAAUAUCAUGACGUGUUCCAUGCAAUGGAGUUUCUUGUUGCUGGUAAUAUGUUACCCUGGUUUAUUCUCUAGGUCUCUUGCUUCCCUCUAUUGGUAUCAUGCACUGGGUUAGCCCUGAGCAAAUGCUUAUAUCUGUAUGCCAUUAAAUUGUAAGCAAAGGUUUCAGAAGGUAAAAAUGGAUAAGAGUUAUUUUUUUCUCUCUCUCCAAAUAACAGAUUGAGACUGGUAUCUUGGGAAGGACAAAUAUUGGAUUUGGGUAAAGUAUGUAAGUGCAAUUUUGCUGUAUGCAGUGACUAGAAUGGUACUGCUCAAUAGGUGAGGUAGCACUACCAGAAUAUAGGAUGUUGGUUCACAAAAGUGUUAAAGAUCUGCAUGGUUACGUUUAGAUUCAAGCUAACAUUCCCCCCUUACAUUUGGUUUUUGUACAGCUUUUGGGCGGUUCUUGAAAAUGCACUCCUUAUCAGUCACAGUGAGGUGACUUGUGUUUUAUCAAAACUAUAAUCUGGGUGUCUGAAUAACUAAGCAAGUUCAAUGUUUUCGUUACAAAUUGGAACUCAUUUCCACAGAUAAGCAGAGGAAGUGAAGGAGUACAGAAGAAACAGGAAACUCAUUAUGCGAUGAGAAACCAACGCCGUUCUGUUCAAUACAAAUAUACAGGUAAACUGCUGUCAUUCAUCUCAUAAAUCUAUAUCAGCUCUGGAGGUGAGGAUGGAUCUACAUGUUGCAAUUACAACUAUCCUUCCUUGUUCCCAUUCAAAAUUGUCUUUUAACUGCUCUCUUUUUCUUAUGACCAGCUCAAGCAAGAGGUAAGUAACAUGAGGAAAUGCCUCUUUGCCGCAGGGGAUUGGCAAGCCAGCCAGCCAGCCAACCCAUCGGAUGAUGAAAGCCAAACUCUUCUUCAGCCAUAUUCAAUACUUGAAAUGAAGGCCGACUUAAGUAGGACACUGGAACAUGAUCAUGUCUACAAUAUUCCUCCUCCAGCCGACUGUACAGAGGACCCACUGCACCUUGUCUGCUCUGCUAUGCAUUACAAUAAAAGAAAAGACAAGAUUGCGAGUUGCGACUCCAAAAAUAUCAGAACUUUAAUGCAAUGAUAAGAUGGGACGUAUCACCACAAACACAAGCAGAGUAAAGAAAAUAAGCUAGCUGAAGUUGUGAAGAUCUCAAAAAUAUUCAAGCCAUGGAUCAUCGAUUAAUGGCUUCCCUCGACGAUUUCCCAUUCCUCCCGUUAUUCAUUACAGCCAUUACCAUCAUCAUCAUUACUCUUGUCACCUUACUAACAACCUGCAGGCACAACCGGUCAUCAGCCUCCGACAAGAAAUUACCCCCGGGCCCAUGGAAGCUACCGGUGAUCGGGAACCUCCACCAUCUGAUCGUCGGGGAAGAUCUUCCUCACCGCCGCCUGAGAGAGCUGGCAGAGAAGCACGGCCGCCACAUCAUGCACCUCCAGCUUGGGGAGCUCUCCAAUAUCGUCAUCUCCAGCCCCGAGGCCGCGAGACAAGUCCUCAAACUCCACGACCACGCUUUUUCGUCGAGGCCGUACCUCCUCGCCGGCGACAUCUUGUUCUACGGCACCAAAGGCAUCGGCUUCACCCCCACCGGUGACCACUGGAGGCAUAUGCGCAAGAUCUGCGUGGGGGAGCUUCUCAGCCCCAAGAGAGUUCUUUCUUUCCGUCCCAUCAGGGAAUCCGAGGCCUCCAAGCUCGUCGGUCUUGUCCGCUCCCGGAGUGCCACCGGCGGAGGGAUCGAUGUUACCAUGCUGCUGGCGUCGGCGUCCAGCAGCUUCACUUUCAGGACGGCGUUCGGCAUGGUGAAGGAUUUGGAUGAGGCAACAUUCUCGAAACUUGUCGCUGAUAUUUCGGAUGCUGCCGGUGGAUUCAGAGUCUCCGAUCUAUUCCCUUCCCUAAAAUUCCUUCCAAGUCUGACUGGGUUUAGAGCUCAACUCACCAGGAUGCAUUUUGCUACUGAUGCGAUGCUUGAUGAUAUCAUCCAUGAACAUCAAGCCAAAAGAUUAGCUUCAAAAAUGCAAGCUAUCAACCGUUCUGAUGAAACCUAUAUCGAUUUGGUCGAUGUUCUUCUGAAUCUCUUGGAAAAUCCCCAAUUGCCGGAAAUCCCCUUGACAAUGGAGGCAACCAAAGCUGUCAUUUUGGAAAUAUUCUUGGAUGGUACUGAGACAUCAACAACGACACUAGAGUGGACCAUGUCAGAAUUGAUGAAAAAUCCAAAAGUGAUGCAACAAGUGCAGGAAGAAGUGCGGCGGAAGUUUCGUGAUAAAGACAACCCCAUUAGUGAAGACGGGCUUCAGGAAUUGAAGUACUUGGAUGCGGUCAUCAAGGAAAGUUUAAGAUUGCACCCGCCACUUCCAUUACUUCUUCCACGAGAAGGGAUAGUGAGGGCAGAAAUCGAUGGCUACGAUAUCCCCGCGAGAACUAGAGUCAUCAUUAAUGCUUGGGCUAUUGGAAGGGAUUCUCGUCAUUGGAAAGAACCAGAUAAAUUCUAUCCUGAAAGGUUUCUUGACGACUUCUCAACCGAUUACAAAGGGUCGGAUUUAAAGUUUAUCCCAUUUGGUUCUGGAAGGAGGAGCUGUCCUGGACUAACAUUUGGAAUGGCUGUUGUGAAACUCAUGCUGGCGAAUUUGCUGUAUCAUUUUGACUGGAAGCUUCCAGCCAAAAUGAAUCAUGAAGAUUUAGAUAUGAAUGAACGUUUUGGAGCAUCAGUAAGAAGAAAACACAAUUUGUGCUUGAUUCCAACGACAUAUGAUCCAUUAAUGCAUAACUAAGAGUGCAAAAAGUGUACUACUUGCUAUUUGGGAAAUAUAAAAAGAAAAUGACCUUGCAAGGCUGUUUUAUUUUUCAUUCUUGUAUAUUUUUUCCUAUAUCGCUUGAACUUUAUUUUUCCUUUCUUUAUUGAUAUUCCGAAGGAAAAGAAAAGACUAGUUUAUUCGACAAAAUAUGUCAUAUUGCUAUGUUUUUUGUGUAGUAGUUUUUCCUUAGUUACAGAGUUUUGAUAAGGAUGGGCCAGACUAUCAUGUCUCUCUACUAGAGGUAGUAAGAUUAGGUGUUAAAUGAGGUUUGUUAGCAGUCAAAUUAGAAAUGAUUUGUAGACAAGAUUAAGAUUGGUUACACUUUGUCUUCUAAGAGAGGAAGAAAAAUAAGGUGGAGAUGGAAAGUUUGAAGGAGAGGAAAAAUUUGAAGGGGGAGGAAAAUGUUGUUAGGAGGGAAAUGAGGAAAAAGUUGUUGAAAAAUGUGAUAAAUACGUUAUAUUACGAGGAAGUAAGAGUAAACAUGUGUAAAUGAUAUCUUUUAUAAAUGAAAAUAGUAGCAUAUAUUUUUUAACAUCAUUAUAACAUAUGAUAUCAAAUUACUCAAUUCACAAUCCCUCAAAAAAAACAAAAAUAUAUCAAGUCAAAGUGACUUCAUUAUAACAUGAUAGCAAAAAGAUAUUUCUCAAACAAAAGAAUUUGCUAUCACUUAACCUGAGUUGAUAUAUAUAACAACAUAAGCCUCUACAAGAUGAAUGUCUCGAGUUAGGGUCAUUGUAACGUCGAAUACUACUCUCGACUUCAAAGCAGGUAUAGGAUUUUUGUAGAAUUAUAUGUGCAAGCAAGUAAUGUUUAAUGAAAUAAAGGGAUGCAUUCUUAGUAUACACUUCAAUAAGGUUCAUAUCUUAUGAGGGAAAUUGCGAUGAAUCUUAUCUGGACGUGUGUGUAAAGUAAUAGCCACAAGUGGAAAUACAAUACCUUACGAAGUACAAACUACAAUUAUUUAGCCUGGGAAAAUGACAAGGAAGCAUGCAUCAGUCUAUGAAUAUUUUGACUUGUAAAAAAAAAAAAAGUCUUAUGAAUAUUUUUCAAACAAAGGUCCACCAAACAUAAUUGAAAAUAUAGAACCCAAUAAAAUAAUAAAUAGAACAGUAUAGUAUUCAUUUUAUUGGAUGACAUCAUUCAUUUUGAAUUUGGAUGUGUCCAUUAUAUUUGGCAUAAUACCAUUUAUUAGGAGUGUGAUGAUAUGCAUGAUGUUUGGGCUGAUGGGAUGGCAAUGGGUCGGGUUGGGCGCGGAUAGUGUAUAUCCGUUACCCUACCCAUAGUAGUUCGGGUUUUACCCAUACCCAUACCCACAUAUGAAAUGGGUAGAAAAUCAAAACCAUGCCCAUACCCGUUCGAGUUUCGGGUAUCCACGGUUAUCCAUGGGUAAUAAUUUCUCUUCAUAACUUCAACCAAAACCAUGCCCAUACUCGUUCGGGUUUCGGGUAUCCACGGUUAUCCAUGGGUAAUAAUUUCUCUUCAUAACUUCAACCAAUAUGUUAACAUUCAUAUGUAUUCUCACAUUACGUAAGAGGAAAAGUACGACAAUAAUUCAUUAGGAUGAAGAAAAUUAAUUAAAACCACACAAUUUCAUGAAAAUAUUAUAUUUAUAUGCUAAAUAUAAAAUAUGUUAGAGAAAAAUAUUGAUUAUUUCUAGACAAAAUACAUAUGCAUGUGUAUAAUCGGGCGGGUUCGGGUUGGAUAGUGAGAAACCCAUGCCCACCCAUUACCCGCAAUAUUCGGGUUCGGAUUUUACCCGUACCCACUAAAUGUCAUUCGGGUUCGGGUUUUACCUUACCCGAUUAGGCCGGAUUCGGGCGGAUAUCCACGGUUACAGAUAUUUUUGCCAUCCCUAGUUGGGAUGGUAUCCAUGAUCUUGGAUUACAUCAUUCACUUAUAGGUUGGAUGGUGUCUAUGAUGAAUGAGAUGGUACCAUUCAGAAUAAGGUCGGAUGGUGUCC